CUUCAACCUCACGGAACACAUCACACAACUGUACAUACUUCCUUCGCAACCGGUAUCUAGAAAGAACAGGACCACAGGUCAGCUUGCAGUUCGACCAUACUGUAACAAUAUCGACCUUCAGUCAUCCAUAUCAAUUACACCAUAUCAUUUGACACACAACCACCAUCACAAUAAUGUCCAAACCAGCAAUCGGCUUCUGCGGCCUCGGAGCCAUGGGCCUAGGAAUGGCCACGAACCUCGUCAAGCAAGGCUACUCAGUAACUGGCUUCGACGUAUACCCUCCAUCUCUCGAGAAAUUCCAAAAAGCAGGCGGCAUCCCCUCAACCUCGCUCUCCGAAUCCGCAAAAGACAAGCCCUUCUACAUCGUCAUGGUCGCCUCCGCACUGCAAGCCCAACCCGCUCUGUUCGCUGACGACGGUAUUGUGAAGGCACUGCCCAAGGGCACGACGCUGAUCUUGAUGUCGACCGUGCCAAGCAGUUACGCGCAGAGCGUGGAGAAGGAGCUCAAGGAUAUCGGUCGAGAUGAUAUUUUCUUCAUUGAUGCGCCGGUUUCUGGCGGUGCGGGCAGGGCAGCGGAUGGUACGCUAACGAUUAUGGCGGGUGCAUCGGACGCAGCGUUCGAAAAGGGAAAGUGGCUGCUCGCCGAGAUGAGUGCGCCCUCCAAGUUGUUUAUUGUGGAAGGAGGGAUUGGCCAGGGCAGCAACAUGAAGAUGGUGCACCAGGUGCUUGCGGCAAUUCAGAUUCUGGCUGUGAGCGAGGCGUACGGAUUCGGUGCGAGGUUGGGGUUGAAUGGACAGGAUGUGAGUGAAGCCGUGAUAGGGAGUGACGCGUGGAGUUGGAUGUUCGAGAACAGGACGCAGAGGACUUUAAAGGAAGACUACUUCCCGGGUGCGAGUGCAGUCACCAUUAUUCUGAAAGACACAAGCAUCAUCACACUCAUGGCGCGCAAAUUACAGUACCCCACUCCUCUCUGCUCUAUCGCAGAGCAGGUCUACUUUGCAGCAGUCGACCGCGGUUGGGGCGCUAACGACGACGCCGGCAUCGUGCGUCUCUGGACAUCUGAGCCAGUUUCGAGCAUCCAAGGCUCAUUCUCAGCUGAGGAGAAGCAGCAGAAGCAGACACUGGUCAAGGACCUACUCAAGGGUAUUCAUCUCGUUGCUGCAGCGGAGGCUCUGUCUCUCGCAAGCCACGUCAACAUUCCUCUAGCUCAGAUCUACGAGCUGGCGAAAGAUGCUGCAGGAGGCAGCAAGCAGUUCGAGGACUUUGGUCCCAAGAUGUUGCCUGUUCUCGAGGGCCAGUCAGAUAGCAACGGCAAGAUCCUCAAUACCUACAUCGAGAAGCUGCACAAGGCGUUAGAUGAGGCACAAGCCAUUAAGUGCCCAUUGUACCUGGGUAACGGUGCGCUGGCGUUGCUAUUACAAACGGGGAAGAGCAGGGACCUUGCAUCGCUGCUGAAGUUUUAUACACAGUAGUGUGUAGUGGAGCUGAACAUCAGGAUGAACAGAUAAAACAUCAACGUUGAUUACUGACCACUUGUCUUUCAAUUGCCUCGCUGAUUGAUCACCUUCGAAGCUGUCCUCUUUGUUACAGAAUGCCGGCUCUGACUGAUCUGGUCGCUGUUCCAUAAUC